AUUAGUUUCAUUAUAUAAAUCACCAAGACUAACCCAACAUUACCCACCAAAUCAUCUUCUUCACAAUUAUAAACAGGGAGUACAAAAAAAGUUGUAAUAACAUCACUAGUACUUAAAAACGUACGUUAUGGCGACUCAAACAUGCAGUGUUUUCUUGAUGGUAGCUAUAUUGACGAUGAUGUUUUCAGCACACAUUGCUCACUCAAACAGUAUAGAAAUGUGUGUGAAACAUUGCGCACAGAACCAGUGCUUGAAAGCGGCGAAAAACCCUACUCCUGCAAUUUGUGAUGAAGCUUGCAAGAAAAUCUGCAACAAUCAACUAUUCGGUGGUGAAAAAUUUAUUGUUCCUCCUGUUAAGGGAAGCUCCAGGUUCUGUAGAUGGAUGCCUCAGUAUUGCUAGCUAGUUCCGAAUUACGAAAACUCCUCCUGUUUUAUUUUCUGCAUGACUAACAUAGAAAUAUCUAUGUAUGUGUGAUGUGUUUGUUUGAUAUCACUAUAGUAGUCGACAUGUUCAUUGUUCUUAUGAAAUAA